CAAUGGUCUAGGAAAAGCCACACAGCAGAAAACAAAAGAGGGAGGGAGCUGCGGGCACCUCUGCUGCCAGGCUGGGCUGCCCCCCGUGCGAACGCCACGCAAGUCACUCCCACGGGACGCGGGGCUGCUCGCCCCGGGCGUGAGAGGCGUUCGGUGCAAGCGGCGGGGCUGCCUGGGGGCUGAACCGGCCGGGCGCCCAGGGCCCCGGAACUGCUGUCACAGGCUGGGCCCCUCCUUGGCCGACGCAAAGGGGAAGCUCAGGGCCUGACAGCGGCGGAGGGGCUCGAGCAAAGGGAGCGGUCAAGACUCACUGCCAUGGCCGAGGAACCUGCCACUAUUUGUUUCAAUGAAGAGGAUUUUUACUGUCCCGUGUGCCAGGAGGUGUUCAAAACGCCUGUGAGGACAGUAACCUGCCAACACAUCUUCUGCAGGAAAUGUUUCCUGACAGCAAUCCGAGAAAGUGGAACGCAUUGUCCUCUAUGCCGUGGAACUGUGACUAAAAAAGAAAGAUCAUGUCCCAAAAGGGCUCUAGAUGUUGAAAACAACAUGAAGAAGCUUUCUGGGUGUUGUAGAUGCUGUGAAAAACAGGUUAGGUUUUCUCGCAUGAGACACCAUUAUAAAACAUGUAAGAAGUAUCAGGAUGAAUAUGGUGUUCCUUCUAUUGUUCCAAACUUUCAGAUUUCCCAAGAUUCAACAGGGAACAGUAAUAGGAGUGAUACAUCUACAUUUGAUAACGGAGAGAUGGCUAAUCUUCAGACACUUCAGGGAGAUGCAAGUGCACAUCCCACAUUCAAAUGCCCCCUGUGUCAGGAAACCAACUUUACCCGGCAACACCUACUGGAUCAUUGUAACAAUAGACACCUUUAUCAGAUAGUUCCUGUAAUUUGUCCAAUUUGUGUGUCUCUUCCAUGGGCAGAUCCCAGUCAGGUUACUAGAAAUCUUGUUAGCCAUCUAAAUCUAAGACACCAGUUUGACUAUGGAGAAUUUGUGAAUCUUCAGCUUGAUGAAGAAACCCAGUACCAAAAUGCUGUUGAAGAAUCUUGUCACGUGACUAUUUAAAGUGUAGGUCCUCUGCAUCUUACUGCACUCUGAGGGAAAAGCUACAUGAAUCCAAUCAGUAAUCUGAAAUGUAUAUUAAUAAAAAGGGAAUUCAGUAUCUGUUUUUUUAGGUUAAAUAACUUUUCCAAGAACAAGAGUUUUUAAAAUGCUUUUUGAUUAGACAAAAAUGGAGUAAAUUUUAUUACUAGAUUUUUUUAAUUCUACCUAAUUGAUCGUACAGCUAUUGGAAAGGUGUUAAGUCAUUUUACUGAGUAGAGUUCUUUUACUUUAAGUAGGGACCUUGGUGGAGCUAUUCACUGUUGUCUUUUGAUUUCUGUGUACAUUUUCAUGGUUUUGUUGAUCUUGCAGUUAUAUUUUUGUUAAUGCCAAAUUCAGGGCGGAGGGUGGGAAUCAGAUGCAAAGAUGCUGUAUUUCACUUUGCUUUUUAUAGUCAGGGUUUCAUUUGCAAAAUUAUAUCCUCGGGAGAAUAUUUCUGUGUAACUUUUGUUUCAAGCUGAAGUGAUAUUUUUACUACCAUGAUUUCUAAUAAUAAAAGUGAGAAUGGCCAAUUUGGAAAGUUGAAAUAGUUGUUUUCAAUAGUGCAGCAUUUUAAAGCAGAUUGGUUUCACUUACAUCACUAAGAAGGAAUGCUAUAUCAUGGCCUGAGGGAAAUUAUUUCUAUUUUGUUAUUUCUCUGGUGCAUCACUAAAAUAGGACAUUUUGCUUCCUGGGCAGAGAGGCUAUGAGCUCUUCCCACACACCCUGCAAACUGGUGGGGAGAGGAAGUGCUUUGUGUCACUUGACAGUGUGCCUUGUGAAUGAUUUAAAGAUAACAUGCAAAGGAAAAAAGUGUUUUUUUGGUU